AUGUCAAUAGCAAUCUGGCCUCCCCUGGCCCCCGCAGACCUGCUUCAAAAGAAGGAGGAAUCACUCAAACGCGAGCUGGAAUGGAUCGUCACCGAAACCCACGCCGUCCUCGGGGACAUCCGCCACGGCCUGCAGGACUGCUACGCCCUCCUGGCGCCCAUCGACCCGGGGAGCACCCUCAGCAGCAGCAGCGGCGGCGGCGGCGGCAGCCCCCUCAGCGGGCUCGGCACGCCGUCGAGCAACGGAGAGGCCAACGAGGUCUACGUGCGGGAGAAGGUCCGCGUCGAGAGCCUGCCGGACCCGAACCUGAUGUCCCUGUCCUCCAAGCUGGUUGCCCUCGGCCACACGUUGGCCAACGCGAGGAGGAAUCUGGCGGCCGUCAUGGGCGAAGAGUUUGAUGAAUGA